CCCACACAUAUGCAUACAUUUCAUUCCUUAGUCCAGUGAAUCUAUUGAAUGGAUUCCCCCUAUAUAUUCUCCUCCCCUCGUUUUUAACGGCUAUUACAUCCCCGGACCUUCUCGAUUCGCAAAAUUGCUAUUGCUAUUGUUAUUGUUAUUCCAGGAAGGAACGGACGGACGGAGAUUUCAUCGUUCUUCGGGUAUAGAAUUUUGGGGGUAAAUUUCAGAAAAUGGCUGCGCCGGUGACGAACGGGCAGCAGGUUAAUUAUAAAGGCGGCACGGCGGCGAAUGGGCCGCAGGUGAACAAGAAAGGGGCGGGGGCGGGGGCGGGGGCGGGGGCGGGGGCGGGGGCGGGGGCGGCGGUCGGCAUCGAUGGGCCGACCAAUCCCAUGGUGACGUCCCUCCUCACGGAUCUUUACCAGUUCACCAUGGCGUAUGCGUACUGGAAAGCCGGGAAGCACAAGGAACGUGCUGUAUUUGACUUGUAUUUUCGGCGAAAUCCUUUUGGUGGUGAGUACACUGUUUUCGCCGGGUUGGAAGAGUGUGUAAAGUUGAUCGCGAAUUUUAGAUUUACUGAGGAUGAUAUUGCCUUCAUCAAGGCGACUUUGCCUUCCUCGUGCGAGGUUGGCUUUUUUGACUAUCUUCGCGGCAUAGAUUGUUCAGAUUUGGAGAUACAUGCUAUUUCUGAGGGAUUUGUCGUUUUUCCAAAGAUACCAUUGAUGAGGAUCGAGGGCCCUGUAGCCGUGGUUCAAUUGCUCGAGACCCCGCUUGUUAAUCUCAUAAACUUUGCAUCAUUAGUUGCGACAAAUGCAGCGCGACAUCGGUUUGUUGCUGGGAAAUCCAAACUUCUUCUUGAAUUUGGGUUGCGAAGGGCACAGGGCCCUGACGGGGGCAUAGGAGCAUCAAAAUAUUGCUAUAUGGGUGGAUUCGAUGCAACAAGCAAUGUGGCUGCCGGGAAACUAUUUGGAAUACCGCUUCGGGGGACGCAUUCUCAUGCCUACGUCAGCUCAUUUUUGAGCCCUGAUGAGAUCACGGAGAAGUUGCUGAGAAGCUGUGAUGGCUCGCGUGUUUGUGAGGAUUUUGUGAGCUUGGUUCGGACCUGGUUGAGAAAGUUAAAAUUGUCUCAUUCGUUGGGAGGGCUUUUUGGUGAAACAAAUCCAAGUGAGUUAGCUGCUUUUGCCUCGUAUGCUCUGGCAUUUCCAUCGAACUUUCUGGCCCUUGUUGAUACUUACGACGUUAUGCGAAGUGGUAUUCCUAAUUUUUGCGCAGUGGCCCUGGCUCUGAAUGAAUUUGGCUAUAAAGCUGGAGGCGUUCGACUGGACUCGGGUGACAUUGCAUACUUGUCAUGCGAGACGCGGAAGUUCUUUCAGGCUGUUGAGAAGGAGUUUAAAGUGCCGGAUUUUGGGAAGACAGCCAUUACAGCGAGCAACGACCUCAAUGAAGAAACUCUGGAAAUUUUGAAUAAGCAGGGUCAUGAAAUUGAUGCAUUUGGAAUAGGAACUCAUUUGGUCACUUGUUAUGCUCAACCCGCCCUUGGUGUUGUCUUCAAAUUGGUCGAAAUAAAUAAUCAGCCUCGUAUCAAGCUAUCUGAAGAUGUUUCGAAGGUUUCCAUUCCAUGCAAAAAGAGAUGUUAUCGACUCUACGGGAAGGAAGGCUACCCUCUUGUAGACCUUAUGACGGGGGAGAAUGAAUCGCCCCCUAAGGCGGGCCAACGGAUAUUAUGUCGCCAUCCGUUCAGCGAGUCCAAAAGAGCUUACGUGAUACCACAACGCGUGGAGGAACUUAUGAAGUGUUAUUGGCCGGGAAGCUCCAGAAAACCGAGGGAAGAUCUACCGCCCCUUAAUCAGAUCAGAGAACAAUGCAUCCAACAACUGGACCAGAUGCGAACCGACCACAUGAGAAGAUUGAACCCCACGCCGUACAAGGUCAGCGUAAGCGCGAAGCUCUACGAAUUCAUUCAUUUCUUGUGGCUGAAUGAAGCUCCUGUGGGAGAGUUGCAGUGAAGAUAGAAUGAAGAUGACAGACAAUUUAAGAUGUGAUGAUCAGAUCAAAUGGUACACAGAAUCUUCAUACAGCAGCAACAACUUCUUUGUAGGUAAUAUAUAUAUAUAUAUAUAUUGUAUGUGUAGAUGAUGUUUUAGUGUUGAUUUAAAGGAGGGACAUUUUCAGUUUCUUGGAUUUUAUGAUCCCUUCUGUUGUAGAGAAAUUAAUUAAUCUGUGGUUCUUUAUACUGAAUAGGGAUUAUGUUUAUAUAAAAUUAAAUCUAAUUUUAUCUAUU